AACAAGAGUGAGGGGAUCUUUAAAAAAACAAUAGGCUUAAAAAACACUCGUCCAUGGUCGCCUGAUCUUCUUCACUCUGCUCCAAGUUCCAACAGACAUAUCUAAAUUCACACAAAACCCUUGUACACAUCAAAUUCUUACAAUCAGAUCUUAAUUUGUAAUAUCUAAAAAUCGUAUUUUUGAAUCUCUUAUGAUAUGGGUAAUUUCGAUCUCACCUCAUCAAAGCACCACAUCACCCAGGCCCGACAAUGGCGGUUCCUGGACUUCGUAUCUCUCGUCUUCUUCGCUGCCAUCUUCCUUUUCUUAGUUCUUGUUCUUACCCCUCUUGGAGAUUCCAUCGCCGCCACCGGCAGCCAAGCUCUCAUCACCUCCACCACCGGUGCCAAACGACGACACCACCUCAUUACCCUAAUUGAAUCCGGACGAAACCUUACGCUUCAAUCAUGUUCUGCUGAUGCUGUUGAUUACAUGCCCUGUGAAGAUCCUACCCGGAACAGAUUACUCAGCAGGGAGAUGAAUUCUUACCGGGAAAGACAUUGUCCGCCGCCGGAAGAGCGGCCGUUGUGCUUGAUCCCUCCGCCUGUAGGCUAUAACAUUCCGAUUCAGUGGCCUACUAGUUUGUACAAGAUAUGGCAUGAAAACAUGCCAUAUAAUAAGUUAGCAGACAGGAAAGGUCAUCAGGGAUGGAUGAAAAAAGAAGGUGCACACUUCAUAUUUCCCGGGGGUGGCACUAUGUUUCCAGAUGGAGCUGUAAAAUAUAUCGAGCAACUUGAACAUUAUAUUCCUAUUUCUGGUGGGACCCUCAGGACUGUUCUUGAUAUGGGAUGUGGGGUUGCUAGUUUUGGAGGAUACCUAUUAGCAGAAGACCUUUUAACAGUCUCUUUUGCUCCAAGAGACUCACACAAAUCACAAAUCCAAUUCGCAUUGGAAAGAGGAAUUCCCGCUUUUGUUCUGAUGCUCGGGACCCGCAGACUCCCAUUUCCCGCAUUCUCAUUCGACUUGAUCCACUGCUCCCGUUGCUUAAUCCCAUUCACCGCAUACAAUGCUACGUAUUUUAUUGAAGUUGAUCGGUUGCUACGGCCAGGAGGGUAUUUGAUAAUCUCAGGCCCACCUGUACAGUGGCAUGGAUUAGAUAAAGAAUGGGAAGAGCUACAGACAGUGGCUAAAGCAUUGUGUUAUGAGUCGGUUGUUGUAAAUGCAAACACUGCUAUUUGGAAGAAGCCUGUGGAUAACUCUUGUAUAGAGACCCAAAAUCAAAGUGGUUUUGAAUUGUGUGAUAAGUCUGAUGACCCGAGCUAUGCAUGGUACUUCAAGUUAAAACGAUGUGUGAGUCGGCUAUCUUCUGUGGGUGGAAAACUUGCGGUUGGUGAAAUUCCGAAAUGGCCCCUCAGACUAACAAAAAGUCCAUCAAGGGCAGGGGGUAAAAACGGAAAUGAGGAGUUUGAAUCCGAUACUCGUAUAUGGGAAAAGAGGAUGUUGUACUACAAAAAGACAUUGAACUUGAAGAUUGGGAGUGAAGCUGUGAGAAAUGUGAUGGACAUGGAUGCAUAUUUUGGUGGUUUUGCUGCUGCACUCAUAUCUGAUCCUGUGUGGGUCAUGAAUGUUGUUCCUCACAACAAGCCCUCAACUCUUGGUGUUAUAUUUGACCGAGGCCUCAUAGGCGUUUAUCAUGAUUGGUGUGAGCCUUUCUCAAGUUACCCAAGGACUUAUGACUUCAUCCAUAUGACUUCAAUUGAGUCACUCAUAAAGGAUCCACUCACUGGCAAGAAAAGAUGUAAUAUUUUAGAUGUGAUGGUUGAAAUAGACCGGUUAUUACGGCCUGAAGGAACAUUUGUGGCUCGUGAUUCACCCGAAAUGAUUAAAAAAUUGGAUCGUGUUGCGCGUUCCAUAAGAUGGGAAUCUACAAUACAUAAUACAGAACCCGAAUCACACACAAAUGAAAGAGUCUUAGUUGCUACAAAACUACUUUUGACAUUAUCUUCAUCUUCCCAAUGAUACACGUUAUAUAUAUAUUAGGUAAACAAAAGUUCUUUUUGGUAUACUCUUUCUUGAUGUGUAUGUUAUAAAUUAUAGAAACUUUUUUCGUGCAUCAAACUGUGCGAUUCUCUA